AUGUCACGAGCCCUAGACAAAGCGACGGCAGCAUUGUUGAAAAAAGGGGACCCUCAAGCAGCAUUUCAAGCAAUAUCCGAGGCUCUCAUACCCCCAUAUGACAGUCUCUUAGAAAUCGAGAUCCUAGGCGGAGGGCCACCCUUCGGAGAGGGGCAAUAUCUUCUCCAAGACGGGCGCGCAGUGGGCAUCUCCAAGCUCGGCCUCGUCCAGGCCUUCAUGCUAGCAAGAGAGCAACUCAGCAGCCACCUCAACAAGACAAACCCACGAACACCAGACGAAUUAUUCCUCGCCACGUCUGUGAUCCUCCUCUUCGACCCGGAGUACCUCACAGCCGCCAACACCAGAAAACGGCUCAUCCAGGCCGAGCUCUCAUCAUCCUCCCCGUCCCCCUCCCACGCACGUACCAGGCUCACCAAAGAACUACGCUUCAUCGAUAGCCUCCUCACAAGCCGCCUCCACCGGCACACCAAGUCGCCCGUCCUCUGGAGUCAUCGCCGCUGGCUGGUGGACUUCUCGGCGUCGUCGCUCGAGAUACCGGUGGAUGUUAUCAGCACAUUGAAGGACGUUGUGUUUGUGGCUGGGGAGCGGCAUCCAAGGAACUAUUAUGCCUGGUGCCACGCUCGUUUCCUGACUACAAGAGCUCUCCAGCAGCAGCAGCCGCAGAGCCGGUUUAGUCUCCCCGAAGCAAGAGCCGCGGUGCGGACGUGGUGCUUCCAGCAUCACACUGACAUCUCUGGGUGGUCUUUUCUCGCUUUCUUGUUGGGUUUUGAGGAUGAUGUGACGUCUGUCGCGAAGUCAAGCUCAGCAACCUUCAUGGAGGUUCUGGACCUAGUGAGUUCACUUCGGCUGGCAAACGAGUCAGUAUGGGUGUUUUUGCGGACUCUUGCGGCUUCCGGGGCUGUGAGUGACGAGGAGUAUGCUCGCUUUCUUGCUGUUCAGGGAGCUGUUUUAGAGGGUUCUACAGUACCGGCGGAUCAAGCGGUGCUACGGGCCGCGGUUGACUGGAGUGGGAAGUAUCGACGCCCCGUGGAAGCGUGA